AGCGCUUGAUGCUCUCAUCAUCGAUUUGAAAUCCUGGUUGAAGACGCCGCCGCGGCGGCCUAUUUAUCUCAAUCUGAUGACUUUAAGAUUGCCAUCGGCAUCCCACGCUCCUUUCGUCCUCGAUGAUUAUCAUAUUCUAUUUUGCCUCCAGAAGCAGCAGGCUUGCCAAUAAUUUGGAAUCAUUCACGCCCUUGAAGAGCUUUUUUCCUACGAAUAGGGCAUUGAAGUGUUGUCCACAGUGUUUACAGAGUUACGAGCGAGAACAGAGGUUGAUUCAGUGUCUUCUCCAGAGGUUGUUAAAUCAGAGGUAGCUCAGCAGAAACAGUUGCCACAGUGGCUGUUGAAAGCUAAACCAAUUGAUCGUUUACCGCAGGAGAUAUCUAUGCUCUGCCAUUAGCCAUUAGAGAUGUCACUAGAAAAUUUUACCGGAAUUCCGUCGUUUACUGUUAUUAAAUAUUGUUCGCUUUAGCAAAACUCUAAUAUACAUAUGAGCAUUGGUUUGGUUUGGUUUAAUCUAAUUUAAAUGUUUGGUUGGCGAAAAAAAAGAAAAUUUACUUUCUACUAUUUUUUUUUUUUGGUAAGAAUAAUUUACUUUCUACUAGAAUACUAUUGAUUGAAAGAUUUCGCUUGACCUAGCUGUUAAAAUUUUUUGUUUUCGCCUCUUAUAUAUAUAGUAUAUUAUUAUAACUAGCUGGAGGAAACUCUAGAAAAAAAAGAAACCGAGGUAAGCUAGAUGGGGACGGAAUUCAAGACGAGAUUCAGUUGGGAGAUAGACAACUUCUCCGACAUAAAGAAGUCGAUACGGUCGGGGCCCUACUUAAGCGGCAGCGGGUGCCAAUGGUUUCUUGAACUCUAUCCCAAGGGAUACUGUGUUUCUGAUCACGUGUCCCUGCGUCUGAGCGCAUAUAAUCCUAAAUCAUUGAGACUUGGAUGGAAAAGGAGAGUUAAUUUUUUAUACGUUUUUUUGAAUCAAUCUGGCGAAGAGCUCUACAGAUCCAAUGUCGAGAGCUGCAGAGACUUAUUCUUCUGCGCUGAGGUCACAGGCCGAAUAUUCUCUAGGACGUCGCCUCUUAACAAGCUUCAAGAAGAAGGGUUUCUCAAGGAGAACAAACUAACCAUUAAGUUCAACAUUGAAGUUACUCAAGUUGUUCAUCAAGGAAAAUCAACUGAGAAUGAUAUAUUCGAAUUCUAUGGUGUCCAGAUCCUUGCUUCUCAAGGUCUUUCAAUGGCCAAGGUUUGCGGGAAUCACCCAUGCUUCGAAGAUUUCAACCCAAAGACCAAAGAGAUGAGGGCUGUGUACUUCACUAUCUUCUUCUGCCUCAUCGAGACACUGAGGAAAUCUCCACAGAGCUUGUCUGUGACUGAACUAAGAAAUGCUCAAAACCAAUUCACUGAGCUGACCAAGGCAGGCUUCAAGCUAGACUUUUUGAAGUCAAAACUCAAGGAGGCUUCCUCUGCUUGUCAGGUCCAAAACCUCCCCGAGGAAUGGGUCAAGAAUGUGAAAGUGACUGUGUCAGAUCUCCAAGCAAAACUGGGCAAGGUCCGCAAGGAGAAGAUCAGACGUGCGGCUGCUUCUAGUGUUCUCUCCUUUGGGUUCAUGAGAAUUAUUAUAAAGAAAUUCUUUCUCUCUUGCUUCUCAGUCUGAAAUCACUAACUAUAUGUUUGUUUUAUGGGAUGAAUUUUUUGCCUUAUGGGACGAAUCUUUUGCGUGGACUCUCUCUUUUGUCUUAUGAUCAUCGCAUCAAAACAUUAGUGAGGA